CAUAAUAAGCCUUUUUCACGCGUAACUGGAAACUACGUCACGCCGGGUAAACUGAUUUCCGCCACAGCAGAAACUACGGUGUUUGAACAUGGAGCGUUAUUUCACAACUUCUCUCUCGACACUUCCACAGCUAAGAUUUGAGGAUGUUGACAGAAUUGUUGGACAGCACUCAACAGUUAAAGAAACAAGGCUGAGCAAAGGCUAUAAAUUCUUCGUUGAGGAAUUUAUUCACAAUUAUCAAGGUGUCACUGGAGACAGAAGAGGUUGUUUGUAUUUCUUCCUAUAUGUGCAGCUGUGCAGCUGGUAAAGGGUUGUGCAACCAUCUGACAGCACUUGUGUAUCAGACAGCCCACUUUGUGCAGCUGAAUUUACAGUCUGUCCCACCACCACUGGCCUGCACGAGUGAGCCACAGAGAUGGCAUCGUCCAAGAACACAGGGAGUCCAUCCAGAGGCAGUGAGUGAACUUGUUGUCCUGAAGCCAAAGUCAUCUGGGAAGACUGGAAUCAAGUCUACCCUAUACAUGGCUUACACAGGUCCCCUUCCAGAUUCUGAUGUAUUGGCUUCUGGUACCAAACUGAGUCAGAUCCAUCCCCAGCCUUUGCUGGCACACAUGCUAGAGGGCAUGUCAGAAAUAGAGUUGGUCCCCUCACAGUUUGGUCCUGUACCUCGUGGUAGUCCGCUUUCAUACCAAUGUCCCCCUAUAGCUGUAGAUGUUCCUUUUGUUAAUUUCCCCCCACUACCUGUGCUUGGCUAUCAGUUUGGCUGUAAUUUUAAAUAUGUGCCCACACACCAUCAAUCACUUCAUCUUGAGUCUAUAAAGGUUACCCAUUGUUCCGCUUUUCAUAUUGAAGAGGCCACAAGACUACAGUCAAAAUGUACUGCUUGGAGACAAAUGCGGCAAUCAAGAGUUACUGCAAGCAGGUUCCGAGAGGUUUGCCAUGUAGUUGGUGAUUCAGCUGGUCAGUCAUUAGCGGUAAGAAUCAUCAAGGGCACGAGGCAGACAAGUGCUAUAAAACGUGGCCUUGAACUUGAGCCAGAUAUUUUGAGAAAAUAUUCUGAGAUAGCCAGUGUUAGUGUCCUACCUUGUGGUUUUAUUAUCAACCCAGAAGCACCACAUCUAGGAGCAAGUCCAGAUGGACAAGUGCAUGAACCAUCUGAAACCUUCCAAUUUGGACUAGUGGAGGUAAAAAGCACAUCUGCUGAUAACAUUGCCCAGGUUCCGUUUAUGAAACUUCAAAGAGGACAAGCCAAACUCAAAGAGUCCCACAAGUACUACUGGCAAGUUCAAGGCCAGCUUGCAGUAACUGGUCUACAGUGGUGUGACUUUGUGACUGACACAAAAUCAGAUUUCACAAUAGGAUCUAGCGAGAUGCCUUUAUAGCAUCAAUGAAAGACAAGCUAGACAUGUACUAUUAUUAUGUUUACAUGGAUGUGUAUCUUUCAGUGGUAUAAAUGUACGGUAACACUUUACUUAAAGGGGUGUGCGUAAGA